AGCUAAAGCGGGAUCUGAGGUUUAUAUAGCAGAGCUCUGCUCCUGCUUUGUGAGACCACCAUAUUCAGCUGGUGACCGGCUCCAGCACUCUUUUCAGGAUGAGCAGUAAGAUUAUAUUCUACGAGGACCGGAACUUUCAGGGCCGCUCAUAUGAGUGCGAUGCCGACUGCCCUGACAUGAACCCCCACUUUACCCGCUGCAACUCCAUCAAGGUGGAGAGUGGCUGCUGGGUGCUCUACGAGAAGCCCAACUACACUGGCUACCAGUACGUCCUGACCAGAGGAGAGUACCCUGACAAGCAGCGCUGGAUGGGCUACAACGACACCAUCCGCUCCUGCCGUACCUUCUCCUAUACCAGCGAGGGCCCCUACCGCAUCCGUAUCUACGAGCGGCCCAACUUCCAAGGUCAGAUGAUGGAGUUCAGCGAGGACUGCGAGUCGGUGCAGGAGCACUUCCGCAGCCGAGACAUCUACUCCUGCAAAGUCUUGGAUGGCUACUGGACCCUCUACGAACACCCAAGCUUCCGUGGCCGGCAGUACUUCAUGAGUCCUGGCGAGUACCGCAAGUUCAAUGACUGGGGGGCCACCUGCGCCACCACCGGCUCUUUCCGCAGGAUCACAGAGUUUUAAUUCUUUCAGUUACUGAUAAGAACAACAGGAUGUGCCAAGAUCUGACUUGAUGAAGCUGCUGUUUGCUGUUAGAAAAAAAAAUUAAUAAAAUGAGCUGUUGUAAAUGAUUUUCUUGUCAAUGGUGAAUAAAUGUCUCAAUAUUA